AUGUGCAAGGAGCUUAGAAUUGUGAGUCUAUGCUUUGCUGAUGACUUAAUGUUGUUUAGCAAAGGUACUCAUCAAUCUGUUAAAGCUCUCAAGGAUACUCUUGAGGAGUUUAGUGCAGUGAGUGGUCUCUCCAUUAAUACUUCGAAAUCUCAAAUUUAUUUUGGAGGGGUGGAUUCUGAUAUAAAGCAGAGUAUAAUGAAAGAUUUUGGGUUGAUGGAAGGGAGCUAUCCGCUGCGAUACUUAGGAGUUCCUUUAAGACCAACUAAAUGGAAAGAAGAGGACUGUGGCAUCAUUAUUAAGAAAAUGAGGCAAAGAUUGCAUACUUGUGCUAGUAGACAUCUGUCUUAUACAGGAAGGGUGCAGCUGAUUCACUCAGUGCUUCUAGGGCUUCGAAACUACUGGAUGAGCAUUUUUGUUUUACCUCACAGUGUUACUAAGGAAGUGGAGAAGAUUUGUAGAGGGUUCCUUUGGGGUUGGAAUGGCAAUAGAAGUAAGAUCCACUUGGCCUCCUGGGAGAAAGUUUGCCUUCCUAAGAGUUAUGGUGGUCUUGGGUUCAAAGAUGGAAUUAGAUGGAAUCAUGCUAUUUUGGCUAAGUAUGUGUGGGCUAUUAAUUCUAAGAGAGACUUACUUUGGGUCAAAUGGGUCAAUAGCAUCUAUUUGAAGAACAAAAGUUUUUGGGAGUAUGAACUCAAACAAGAUUCGAGUUGGUAUUGGCGUAAACUUUGCCAUGUGCGAGACAAGUUUUCUAGAGAGGAUGUGCAAGCGGCUGGAAGAGGUAAGAAAUUCAAAACUAAUUGGCUUUACAAUAGCAAAUUAGUCCAACAUUCUUUCCCCUACAACACAGCUGUUUGGAGUUCUCUAAACCUUCCCAAACACCGAUUCAUAUUAUGGCAAGUGGUCAAUAACAAUUUGUUAACUCGAGAUAAGCUUGCUCAGUUUCGAGUUGUCCCUGAUUCCUUGGAUUGCCCUGUUUGUGAGUUGGAAGCCGAGACUCAUGACCAUUUAUUUUUUGAUUGUGUGCUGUCGAGUAGAGUGAUGCAAGGAGUUUUUGAUUGGCUGGGAUUGCAGGCUUGGCCGACUACUGCUGCCGGAUGGAGAAGCUGGCUACAGGUCAGAAUCACUAACUUCAGACACAGAUUUUUUGUAGCUGUGAUGGCUGCAACGGUGUAUAGCAUUUGGAACAACAGGAACAAUUUUUGCUCAGUUGGUGAUUAA